AAGAAGAUAGUGGUGGUUGUAGUAGUGGAGGUGGUGAUGGUGCAGGCUGGUACGGGAGGUCGGGGGAUCCUGCUUUGAUUUAUGUGUUUGGGAGAAGCUGUCACGAGCAGAAACAGGAGCAGCGCGCGGACUCCUGUUUUAUUCUAACGCGUUAAUAAUAAAGAAGAGGCGCCAUGAAACAGCACGGAGAGCGCGGACCACAUCCGGGAUAUUUAUUUAAUAUGGUUAUUAAUAAAUCCACCUUUAAGCAGCGCGUGCUGAGCAGGAUGGAUGUGUAUCUGAUACCGGCUGGAUGAGUCCGGGAUUACUACCGGACAGUCACACCGAGUGUAGCCCGGGAGGAGGGCUCUCUCUCGGGCUGCUCUGGACUUCUUUAUGGACCCGGAUGGAAAACAGCUGUUUGCAUUUUCUCUGUUUGCUUCUCUUUAUUUUGCUUCACCACAUUCCUUACUUCUUUAAACUUAAGUCUCCUCGUUAUUUAAAUAUGAAUUUGUUCAGUUUUAAUUCAGGACGUUUUUCUGUUGUGAGCUUGAGGGCUGUGAAUCAAGUUUUUAAAGAAUAAAGAGAAGCAUAAAAACAGUUUGAUUUAAAUUAAUCUGUUUUUAUUUUAGCUUCUUUUUUGGUCCCAGCUUUUUGUGCUUCGUUAAAUUAAUCCACUAAAUGUCUAAUAAGAGUAAUAUUUAAAUGAACAGCCCUGUUUAUUAUUCUAAUUAAUUAUCUCGUUAUUUUCGAUGAUUCCUUCACUUUAAUUCUUGUUGUUUCCUUUUAUAAUUAUUAUAGUCUAUAAUCACUCCAUGUCCCGGCUCAAUAAUAUUUACUAUAAUUAUUUAUGGAUCAUUUGAAAACAUUUUCGAUUCUCUGAUUUUUGUCUGUCUUCAUGGUUGGAAGGACUCGUCGCCUUUUUUACUCCUGAACUGUUAAAUCACAAAUUUCCGUCGUUUUUUGUUUUUUUUUCUCCCAAACACAGAGCAUCUUUGUAAAUAAGACAGGAUGUGAAAUAUGAUGAGCAGAAUCGAUAAGGUCUCCUCUCACUCCCUCUCUGCCUCCCCCCGUCUCUCUGCUCGCUUUCAUUUUUUAUUCCGGGAAUAAUUUCAGCAGCUCCACGAGACGACAACAGGUCUGAGGUGUGUGUCGGAUUAAAAUCAGAUUUUUGGAUUAAAUAUCUAAAUGUUUCUCUUCCUCUCCUCCUCUCCCUCUUUCCCUCUUCUUUACUCUGCAGUUCUUAGGAGCUUUGUGGAGGCCGCUUUCAGCCAUCAGAACACCGGGACAUAGGAGGAACUCUCCCGGUCAGAUUGCAGGGGACCGUUGGAGAGACACCGUCACGUGACCCCCGGUACCAAAUGGUCUUCCGGCAGCGGCUCUCAUCAAGGACCGGAGCACACGCAGACGCCGCCUCUCCUCUCAGACAUGCAGAAGACAACGUACUACGACAACUCCUCCACGCUGUUCGGUGGCUACUCGUCCUACCAGGUGCAGGGGGCUGCUGCAGCGGCAGCGGCGGCCGCCAACGGCUUUGGGGGCUACGAUGCGUCGGCCCCCGUGUCCCACCACCAGCCGGCCUUCCAGUCGGCGUCCCAUCUGGACGUGGACUCGUACCAGCGCUCGGCGUGCUCCUUACAGGCGCUGGGCAGUAACAGCAGCCAUCAGCAGCUCGCCAAGAACAAGGAGCUGAAUGGCAGCUGCAUGCGGCCCAGCCUGCCGCCAGAGCACCACCCCGCCUCCCAGGUGUCCCCCCCACUGCCCCCCAACCCCAGCAAUGGUAGUACCGGGGCUCAGCAGCCGGGGGGCAGUGCCGGGGCCUCCUCUGUGUCCAAAUCAGGCCCCAAUAAGUCCUCCAAUUCCUCCUCGUCCAUCUCGUCCUCCACCUCGUCCUCGUCCUCCUCGCUGCCCCCUAACCCCACGCUCGCCAAGCAGAUCUUCCCCUGGAUGAAGGAGAGCCGGCAGAACACCAAGCAGAAAAACUGUUCGCCCAGCAACAACUCUGGCAACGUGUCGGGAGGAGCAGAGAGCGGCAGCAGCGGGGAGAAGAGUCCGACCAGUGGCUCGUCGGCGUCCUCUAAGCGAGCUCGCACGGCGUACACGAGCGCCCAGCUGGUGGAGCUGGAGAAGGAGUUCCACUUUAACCGCUACCUGUGCCGGCCGCGCCGCGUGGAGAUGGCCAACCUGCUCAACCUGUCCGAGCGCCAGAUCAAGAUCUGGUUCCAGAACCGACGCAUGAAGUACAAGAAGGACCAGAAGUCCAAGGGCCUGAGCUCCAGCUCCGGAGGGCCCUCGCCGACCGGGUCGCCCCCCCUGACCAUGCAGUCCUCCGCCAGCUUCCUCAACUCCAUGCACGCCAUGGGAGGGGGGGGCGGGGGCGGAGGCUACGACGUCCCGUCUCCUCCGUCCUUCGGCAAGCCGCACCAGGGCGUGUCUUACUCCAUGUCCACUGCCUACUCCAACGUCCCCAUGAAGGGCUGCCCCCCCCAGCAGAAGUACGGAGCCCCAGACCCGGACUACGGUGACCCCCAUCCCCACCACGGCCUGGUGCAGGCCAACAACGCAGGAUACGGGACCCCCACCAACAUGCAGGCCAGUCCGGUGUAUGUGGGGGGCGGCAGCUAUGUGGACCAGAUGCCAGGUUCGGGGCCCUCCAUGUACGGCCUGAACCACCUCGGCCCCACGCCCCCCCUCCAUCAAACCAUGGACUACAAUGGCGGGGGGCCCAUGUCGGCCGCAAACCAGCACCACGUGGGUGGAGGGGGCCCCCAGGGUCCCUGUGACCCCCCCACACACCCGACGUACACCGAGCUGUCGGCGCACCACACCUCGACUCAGGGCAGAAUCCAGGAAGCACCCAAGCUCACUCACCUGUAGCAGGUUUGGAACAAAACGUAGGAGGUAGUGAAGACGACGCAGAACGAGUGACCACGACCCCGACUCACUAACAGACUGACACGAGGGGACUCUACUGCUGCAGGGGGGUCGCGAGGGGGGGGGGCAGAGCGAGACCAACAGGAGACAUCCAGUGGUUUGUCCUGUGCUCUAAAAACACUAAACGUCCAGCUCCGCAAUGACCAAACUAAAGAAACCUAAUCUCAGUUUAUUUUUAUCAAUGACUUAAACUUUAUCUUAAACCAAUCAGAGACGUUUGUGUCAUCCAGCUCAGCUUUUAUCCACGUUUACAAAUUGAACACAAACCCUUUCACAGCGUCCUCCCUCCUCUGAGAGCAGUGAAGCGUUCUGUACGCGUGGGAGACGAGCUGUACAGUCAAUCGUCUCCCACGUCCCCCCGGGGAGACAAUAACUGUCAGGGCGCUCGUCUUGUGGCGCUCGUGCAGAGACGUAUCGGCAGCUGUACGGCAUAAAGAGAUGAACGGGGAGCUCCGUGUUUCAGUCAGUGCUCAUUAGACGAGAGAGUUUACUGCAGUAUGGACGUCUGUGUUCAAACAUCACAAACGUCAAAGUGAAAGAAAAAGCUCCAAACAGAACGUGUGACAUUAUGAAGCUUUACUACAGGACGCCUCCCUCCUGACGUGUUUAACCUGAUUUGGCUUCACAAACCGUUUUGGUGUCUCAGCUAGCAUGUUGUAAAGUAGCCAGUAACGACUCGGCUAACUAGAACGAUACUUUAAUCAUAAAGCUCCCCUCUAAGGCUCCCACAUACACUAAGAGCUCUCCCGCUCGCUCAAUGAAAUAGUUGAGAUUUUAAUGUGCAGUUAACGAGGUGGGUAGAUUUAUGACGCAGCCCCCCCCCCCCCCCCCCCCCCCCCUCCAGGCAACACGUGUUGUUGUCAGCCUGAGCUAUGUGGAGCUCUCUGCCUGAAAUACAGCUGGAGCUGGCGGCCCUCGUCUUCCUCAGUUUCUGCUCAGCACAUUAAAAACCUCUGGAUGUUCUUCAUCGUCUCGUUCUGCCCCCCCCCCCCCCUGUCUCCGCCCGUUCAGACUGAAUCACUACUAACCCUCCGUCUCCGUCUGUGGCAGCAGCACACGGCUUCUGAAGGAGGCACAACCUCUCACAAUCCGCCACAGACACACGCACACACACACGCACACUCAGCACACCUCCCAUCACUCUCACAGAGUAGCCACGAGUUCAGAGGCUCAACAAGCCCCCACAGACACACCUGUGCUAAGCUACGUUAGCCCUCUCUGCCUCAUGCAGGACUCCUUAAAUGAUGACAUUUCACCUGGAGGGGGGGGGCGGGGGAUGAGUUGGAGGUAGCAGUGCACACGUCGCCAUCUUGUUGAACUUUUU